UUUGGGUCUUCUCUUGAAUGGGAAAAAAUGCGCUUUGGAAGUGAAAAACGCGUUCACAGCAGUUGCGAAAACUUCACCUCGACCCGGGAAGGAGGAUUUAAACCAACGUUGGUGAAACUGAAGCUUGACCGAGAAAGCCACAACUCGGGCCCUGUCUUGUGGGUGCUGUGAUGUCCUCGCCCGCCAGCCUAUUCAGAAAGCCACACUGCAGGAAGAAGCCCGACCCCAGCUAUACAUUACUGACUACCCGCUACCUGGGGCUCACGUCGUAGGCUACCCUGAGGAACAAAAACAUGGCGGACACUGAUGCCAACUUGGACGACAGAGUGGUGGAAGCAAAUAGCGAGUACCCUCAACAGGAGCAGGUGCCAGUGGUUGACGAAGGAACCAUCUCUCCCGCCAAACGUGCUCGGUUGUGCGACAAGGCACAAGGGCAGGAUUGGAUCUUCGACCCUCCUGUGAUGCAUGGAGAUACACCAGGACAAGCAAACAUGGAGCAGGAUGACCAAAGAGCUCCCCUCCAUGCCGAUGAUGAAGUGACGGUGAAGGCUGCAAGUAUGGACACUCAUGAGGAGCAGUGCCCUCAAAAUGGCAACAGAGGCAAUGAUGCUCAUUCAAAGGAAGAAGAGAUGCAACCAGAAGAGAAGGAUGAAGUGACUGAUGAGGUGUCUGAAGCCCAACACCUUGCCUUCGACUUCUCCCAGACUCCCCAAGUGCUGACUAGCUCCUGGAGUGAAUACUCCAAGUUCCCAGAGAAUUACCUCAAAGGCUGCAAAUGGGCUCCGGAUGGUUCAUGCAUCCUGAGCAACAGUGCAGACAAUGUGCUUCGUGUAUACAACCUCCCUCCUGAGACUUACACCUACAACUGGGAUGUGCUGGCUGAGAUGAGUCCAGUGCUGAGGAUGGCAGAAGGAGACACCAUCUACGACUACUGCUGGUACCCCAAAAUGAACUCGAUGGACCCAGACUCCUGCUUUCUGGCCAGCAGUAGCCGUGACAAUCCGGUCCACAUCUGGGAUGCCUUCUACGGUGAAGUGCGAGCCAGCUUCCGGCCCUACAACCACCUGGAUGAGCUGACGGCCGCCCACUCGCUCUGCUUUUCCCCCGACGGCUCGCAGCUCUAUUGCGGCUUUGACAAAACUGUCCGCGUCUUCUACACGGAUCGACCAGGGCGAGUCUGCGAGGAGCGACCCACCAUAGUGAAGAAGCAGAGCGGCCAAAACGGCAUCAUCUCUUGCAUCGCCUUCAGCCCCUGCCAGUCGCUCUAUGCCUGUGGCUCGUACUCGCGCUGCACGGCCCUCUACUCGUGCCAGGACGGCACCAUGCUGACUUUGCUGCCCGCCCACCACCAUGGGGGGAUAACCCACCUGCUCUUCUCGCCCGACGGCAACUACCUGUACACGGGCGGGCGCAAGGAUCCAGAGAUUCUGUGCUGGGACAUUCGAGAGCCGGGUCAAGUGGUGUUCUCCCUCAAGCGGAACGUGGCGACCAAUCAGCGCAUCUACUUUGACCUCGAUUCGUCGGGAAGGUAUCUGCUGAGUGGGGACACAGAAGGCAUUGUAUCAAUGUGGGACACCAGCGUGACGCCGCCCAGUGGCAGUGAGGAGGUACUCCAGCCUCAGCUCAGGUUCCAGGCCCAUUGGGACUGCACCAACGGAGUCAGCAUCCAUCCCUUCAUGCCGCUCCUUGCCACCUCCAGCGGUCAGCGGCAGUUCCCCUGGCCCAGUGAAAACGAGACUGACUCGUCCUCUGACGACGAGGGCCACGAUACUGCCAUCUCCGCUGCCACUUCACCACAGGCAAGCCGCCAAGACAACGGGCUGUGCCUGUGGUGGGCGGGACCAUGUGGCUCCGCCUCAGAGGAGCAGCGGGAGCAGAGUGUGACGGUAGCGGAUGCCUGAGACGGGCAGAGGUCAACGUUUUGUGCACAACAGCCCGUGCCAAUUAGAAAGCGGGUAUGCGUCCUCCAAUAGGGAUGCACAUGACGACUUUUAUGAGAAACAGAUUAUUUUUUUAUUCAAGUUUUUUGUAUGUAUGUAAAAUGCCAAACAUCUUUUUUGUUCUUAGCAACACCUCAUGUUUCAAGACAUUCUAAACCACAAGUGAACCUUCUUUAUUUUUGUAUGGAAGUCCCGCUACCCUGAGAGGAACAAGCGGUAGUAAACGGAUGGAUGGACGUAAGAACACCACAUACAGUAUGUGUAAGCCCACAGUCUGAAUCCACACACACACUGUACACGGCCAUGUUUGCUGUUUGUGCCCCAUAUUUAGGAGUGUAUCUGUAAGUAAGCACGCUCCCUGAUUGGAAAGGCAUUUUAGCUAAUCAGAAGUCAGAGAAAGGUCCCUUUAAAGAGGCAUUUCACACAUUGACUGGCUUGCUAAUGCAAUAAUCAAAUAAUUACAAACGGUGCACUUGCAGUACAUCUGGUAUCAUGUGAAUAUGGCCUAAAGUUAGAUUUUUGACAAAGUAUGAACUGUUUAUCACAAAAACAGCGCUGAUGUCUUAAAUAUAUGUCAAAGGUGGCGCUGUGACAGCUCUCCUAUGUAUUUACAGUAUAUAUAUAAAAGGCAAAUCUCUUGACAAA